AUGUCCGAACCAAUUCCCGAAGCAAUACCCACGUCCGCGGACCCGCGGUCGCGACGGCCCAUCAAACGCGCCCGUGUGCCAGGCUCCAACAACCCCAACGCCAAAGCGGCAUCCGCGCAGGCAAACGAGAUCGAGAACCUCUUCCUCGACCCCGCGCGCGAGAUUAAAAUCCCGGCCCCGUCGUCUGAGGUCAAGAGAUCGAUUCCAGCGCCGCCGGAGAUUGUUGCGAACGUCCAAGGCAGUUCUGCAGGCGCGGGGUCCGGCGAGUUCCACGUCUACAAGGCGAGUCGGCGGCGCGAGUAUGAGCGGCUGAGGAUCAUGGAUGAGGAGGCGAAGAAGGAGGAAGAGGACAGAGAAUGGGCGGAGAAGGAACGGGAGAGGAAAGAGAAGGACGAGGAGAAGACGCGCAAGAAUCGAGAGAGGCGCAAUAAACGGAAGGGGAAGGAUAAGAGUAAGAGUCCGGCGGCUGCAGAGAACGGGCACGGACACGAAACGAGCGAGGGUCAGAAGGACAAGAAACCGCGUGCGAACUUGGCUGUCCCUGCAAGGGCCGAGAAUCAGGAGUCGGCCCAAGGGACGACUGACUUUGGGGUUGCAGCAGUGGUGCAGGAGAGUGGCAUUACAAUUCACGAUGACGAUUAG